AUGGAGGAGAGGAAGUUUGUGUGCAAGUAUUGUAGCAAGAGGUUCCCUUGCGGCAAGUCUUUGGGUGGCCACAUCAGGACCCAUAUGAGUGAACAUUCAACUCAAGGCAAUGAUAAUGGCAAUGCUGCUAAUGCUACGGCCAAGUUUGAUCCUGGGAGAAAGAGGAAGAGGGAUUUGGAGUCUGAAGUUGUUGAUGGUGGCAACAUCAUUUAUGGCCUAAGAGAGAACCCAAAGAAGACCACGAGGUUUGUUCACUCUAAUGCGACUUUGCAACUUGACAAGUUCUGCAAAGAAUGUGGCAAAGGUUUUCCAUCGUUGAAAGCUCUCUGUGGCCACAUGGCUUGUCACUCUGAAAAGGACAAGGGAACCAAUAAUAAUAAUAAUCACAGGUUUGAGAACAAUUCUGAGAAGCACAAGUUGGUUUUGGAUAGUCAAUCUGAUACUGAAACUUCUGCUCCUACAAGGAGAUCCAAGAGAAUGAGGUUCAAGACCCUUAGCAAUCAACCUCCUUCUUCUUCUGUGUCUGAGGUUGAGCAAGAACAAGAAGAGGUGGCUAGGUGCUUGAUGUUGUUGUCCAAGGAUUCCACCCACAAGGGUCGUUUUGCUUUGGUCACAGAGUCUUCUGAUAACAACUCGGUUGUUCUUGAGGCUAAAUCACCUUCUCUUGAUACCAAGGUGACUGUGAAUAACGGUAAGAAUUUUGUGCCUAGUGCUUAUGAGCUUGUGGACAAGAAGAAGCUGCUGCAGCACAAGGACAUGAAGUUGAAGUUGAAGUUGAAAUCUGCUGAGAUUGGUUAUGAUUCUGAUAAUUCAGAUUCUGGGUACUUCAGAUACGGUCCUAAGAAGGUUGACUCUGAUGGUUCAAAUGAAGGGGUUUUCAGGAAUGAAGUUAAGUCUUCAAAAGUUGGGUACUUUUCUGGGUUUGAGGACUAUGAUGUUGAAUCUAGGAAGUUGCUGAGCAGAGGAGGAAGCGGGAGCAAUGAGUUUAAGAAAUUUGUUUUGGAGGAUUCUAGCAGGAAGGUAGCAAAUGGUUUUACCAAUGAUGGAAUCAUUGAGCAUGGUGGUAAAGGGUGGAAAUAUGAGUGCUUGACUAGUGAAAGGGACAAUGACUUUGAUGAUUUGGCUUAUGAGAGUGAUGAAAACAGCACAGACACUGAUUCUUAUCCUGCUCCAAAGACACACACUAGCAGGAACCCGAGUGGCAAGAAGUGUAGCAAAGGGAAGAAGAAAUUGAAGUCAAAGAAAAGUAAAGCACAUGAAUGUCCAAUUUGCAACAAAAUUUUCAGGUCAGGCCAAGCCUUGGGAGGUCACAAAAGAUCCCAUUUUGUUGGAGGUUCUGAUGAGAACACCCUUGUGAUAAGACCAGGUGCUGCUUCUGUUCCUUGCCUAAUUGAUCUCAAUCUACCUGCACCUGUUGAUGAAUAG